AUGUUGUUGUUGUUGUUGACUGAGGAAUUGACACGAGAGUAUGGCAUCCCGGAAGAUGCAUCUGCCAAGAUAACGACCACAUAUCUGAAGCAAUUUAGAAAAUGUCCGGACAACGCGACUCUCACAUUGGAUGCUUGGCGAACCAUCCUUUGGAGCAAAGCGCUAGGUCACAAGUAUUCGCAUCUAGCAAAAAAGAUUUACGAAAGAUGGCUCUAUUUAAGAUAUCACUACAUGAUGUUGGCGCCGAGCACAGUUUCCAUGCUGCGUCAAUUCAGGAAGAAAUAUUUGCUGGGUCUAAUUACCAAUGGUCCAUCGAACGCCCAGUGGGAGAAGAUACACAAACUGUCGUUGGAGCAAUACUUCGAUGUUAUCCUGGUAUCUGGUGAUUUGUUGUGGGAAAAGCCAGAAGCAGAAAUAUUUCAAAAGGCUUGCCAUAUUCUUAAUGUGAGACCCGAAGAGUGCAUCAUGGUUGGCGAUAAAUUGGAGACCGAUAUUUUAGGUGGGAUCGAGGCUGGAUUGUAUGGAACAGUAUGGAUACCUACUACAGAUAAACCUCGUCUCUCGGAAGACGAUCCCAAGCCAGAUUUUACAAUAAGACAUGUAACGGAACUUCUCCGCAUAUUGGAAAGAGGUCCAAACGCGCCAGAACUCGAAGACUGUUCUUCAAACGGAUCCGACGGCAGUUAA